AUGGUCAUUCGACGUUCAUUUUGCCUUGAAUUGCUCAAAAUUCCCCAAAACGUUGAGUUUUACGCUUUUGGUCACGUCAAAAUUCACAACUCUCAAGUGUUUGCCAAAACUAAAUCAAGUUACGCUUUCACAAACAUUAAACCAUUUGCUCCUGGUCAUUCUCUGGUUUCCCCUCUCAGGGUUGUCCCGAGAUAUAAAGACUUAACACCUCAAGAACUGUACGACUGGUCAUGUUUGGUCCAAGUAGUUGCGGAAUCCCUUGAAAAAAUGUACGAUUCAACUUCCUGCUCCAUCAUAAUACAAGAUGGGCCUGAAGCAGGCCAAACAAUUCCACACCUUCACGCCCAUAUUAUUCCGAGAAAAAAGAAUGAUAUAAAAGACCCAGAUUCCAUAUAUUCCACCAUUGAUAAUAAUGAAGGAAAACUAAAGACUCUUGAAGAGAUGGCAAAAUUGGCCAAUGAAACCAAAAAAUUUGUAGAUUUAGUAAUGGCUUCUAAAUCAGUUGGAUGCCUUAAAUAA